UGCGUCAUCGGGAGGCGCCGGCGGCAUUCUGAGUUGAAGAGUGUGAGGGAAAGGCUUGAGUUGAACAAGGUGGGAAGAUGUAUCUCGGCUCCCCUCACACUCCGGGAAGCGGCGGCGGAGGCGGCGGCUCAGGACGAAGGAGCCUCAGGGCCGGCGGCAGGAGGAGGAACCAAGCGACAGUCAGUUCCCCGGCCAUCUUUUCUCCGGUGGCGAGGAGGAACGUCAGUUCUCUGUCCGCUCGGUGUACUCCCACGAAAGUUGUACAUCAUCCUUCAGGAAGUGAAACCAUUAACUAUGACGUGAAAAGGUUCGGCUCACCCUUACCAGUAAAGGUUAUGGAGGCCUUGAGAAUGGCUCAUGCUGAGGACCAUUUGAGUGUGCAGAUAGAUGAAAGGGGAUGGGCUUGGCUAGUGUACAAAGAAAGACUGAUUAUUUGGAAGACUGGCCAAUCACCAAAGCUGUCUGUAUGCAAGGAAUUGCAGUUGCCACCCAGUGACUAUCUGUGGAAUGCUGAUUUAGUAGCAAUAUCUUCUCUUGAUAUUUCUGGUGAAGCACCUUCCUUACAGUCUCUAUCCGUAAUGGUUGCCACAAGUGAAGGAUCAAUAAGAUAUUGGCCCAGCCUGGUACAUGAAAGUUCCUACACUGAGACAUACACAGAUUUUGGAGGCUCUCUCUGCAAUUUUUUAACAGCAAUAAAGGAAGGAAGUUUUAUUUUAUCAUCUUCACGGAGCCAGUUUAUCCGAUUGACACCAGACAGCUCUGGCAAGAUUCAUCAGCAUAGCCUACUACAAGGACAAGGCAUGUUUUCAGGAAUAGGUCGAAGAGUUUCUUCUCUGCUGGGCAUCUUGUCUCCCAGUAAUGAUGAAGUGCUUUCUAGUGUUCUUUGGGACAACAGUGAUUCAAGAUUUUAUGCACUAACCAGUUCUAAUCUUCACAAGUGGGAAAUUGAUGAAACUACAGAACGCCAGGUUCUCAGCUGGGAUGUGAAUAGGAUACUUAGAGAAAGUAUCAUGGAAUCAAUAUGGGGAUCUGAUAGCAACUAUGGAGACAUUAAAGGAGAUAUCAACAUACAGUAUUUGGAUAUGCAGCAAAAUCGUGAUGGAUUGGUGAUUUUGGCUGCAACUUGGCAUCUUGGUGACAGUCCGUGCCUCAUCUAUUAUACUUUGGUAACCCUGGAAGAUAAUGAUUACCCCGCAUUUGAUAAUAUUGUUGUGGAGGUCACCCAGUAUAACCCACUUUUUCAGCCUGAACAACGGAUGUGUCGUUUAGUAGUCCCGGAUUUCUCCAGCCAAGCUGCUUGUCUUUACACAGAAGAUGAGGUAUUUGCUUGUUCAACUGGAACAGGAAGAACUUCUCUCCCCCAGGAGAAAAUUAUUUUUAGUUCUCAAGGUGAUAGAAUUUUAGGAGCAGGUUCUUGUGCUGGACUUCCCAUAUUUUUUGCUAGAAAAAGUGGACUUGUGGCUGUACAUUCCAGGGAAACAAUUUCUGUGCUUCCUGAAGAUAUUGAGGAUUCUUUAGCCUCCUCUGUAGCUGAGCCAAUUGAUGAGAGUAUUGCAUCUGACCUCCCUUCUAGAAUGGAUAUUGUAGCACAAGAGGAUAAGACAAAAAUAUUAAAAUCUGCUUUCUUACAGUAUUGCAGGAAUGAUGUGAAGAAUGCACAAGCCAUAGUUGCUGAGCUGUUUCUCCAACAUGCAGAUUUGGGUCCUGGUACUGAUCUGGAUAGUUCUGUGACUCAACUUAGUGAAGAACUGGUGGAUGAUUAUCCUACAUCUGACCCACGAUGGGCUGAAUCAGUACCUGAAGAAGCAGCAAGUUUCACCAGCUCAUCCAUCAUUGUUCUUCGUCAGUUGGACAAUAAAUCGCAAGCACAUUCACUCUUCAUUGACUUUCUUCGCCAGGUGGGUCUGUUUGGACGUUUGAAUAUUGUUCAAGUAAGAAGCAUACCUAUGGCAACUCGGUUAUUACUCAGUGAACAUGCAGAAAAGUUAGCUGCAGCCAUUGCUCUCAAAAACCAUCAUUAUCGAUUGCCAGAGGUAGUGAAUGCAGCAGUACAGCUUGUGUUGGAAAAAAGAGAAAGUGACAUUCCAUCAAGUCUAACUCCUGCAGAUGUUUUCUUCAGAGAGGUGUCACAAAUAGAUGCUAUUUUUGAAUGCUUGCUGGAAAAGGAAAAACAGAUCUUGGAGGAUACAUCUGUUCAGUCUGAUGAAUGGGCUGAAAUAGUUAUCAAUGUAAACAACAUCAUGAAGGAUAUGCUACAAGCUGCUAUCCAUGAUCGCCAGUCUAAAGCCUCUUUAUAUAAAAUAAGAGAGCCUACUGAAAUGGAACCAGAGUAUAUUCCAUGGACAGCAUCUGUUGGUGUGCGAACAGCAAUAGUGCAACAGCAUGAAAUCAUUCUGAAGAAGGUCUAUCCUCAGGUUAAUAGUAAACUUCGUAGCACACUGACAGAACAGCUGGUGGCACUAUUAGAUUGCUUUCUGGAUGGUUAUGUUUCUCAACUUAAGUCUGUGGACCGACCUGAGUAUCAGGAACGAUAUAACAGUCUGGAAAUGGAAUACACGCAAAAGAGAUCAGAACUUCUAUUACCACUACUCUCUCUUGGACAGUACCAGUUAGCUGCUGCUCUGGCAGAAAAAUACUGUGACUUUGACAUUUUGGUACAGAUGUGUGAGCAGACGGAUAAUCAAGCUAGAUUGCAACGUUACAUGACCCAGUUUGCUGAUCAGAAUUUUUCAGAUUUCCUUUUUCGCUGGUAUUUGGAGAAAGGGAAAAGGGGAAAGCUUUUAUCUCAGCCACUUGCUCAACACGGUCAGUUAGCCAGCUUCUUACAAGCCCAUGAACAUCUCAGUUGGCUGCACGACAUCAACAGUAAUGAAUUGGAAAAGGCUCACCGAACACUGCAAAAUUUAGCAAAUACAGAAACUCGGUACUUUGCAAAGAAGAAAACUCUUCUGGGCUUGAGCAAGCUAUCUAUGCUGGCUUCUGAUACAUCAGAAGUGAUACUGAAUGAGAAAACUGAAGUACCCAUAUGCCGCCCUCAUACUCUCUCUGGCAACACUUUUGAAGGAGAGGUGUUUCCAUCACCUAAUUCAGAAAUUGCUGAGCAAGAACGCUUUUUGCUGCACCAGGAAACUCUUCCUGAACAGCUGUUGGCUGAGAAAAAUUUAAAUCUUCAUGAAAUGCCUGUAUUAAGUGCCCCUGAGCUGAUUGAGUUAUACAUAUGCUAUGAGAACAGAAGGGCUAAUGAAUAUGACUUCAAGAAGGCACUUGAUCUGCUGGAAUACAUUGAUGAGGAGGAGCAAGUGGACAUAAAUUAUCUUAAACUUAAAAUACUUUGCAAAGCUCUUCUGAGAGAUGGGUGGUCAGGUUCUGAAGGCAAAGAUGAUCCAGUUGAAGCGUCUAAAGACAGUAUAUUUGUCAAAAUACUACAAAAGCUCUUAAAAGAAGGAGUUCGGCUCAGUGAAUAUCUACCUGACGUGGAAGACUUGCUACAAGCAGAUGAACUUGGACACUUAAAAUCUAAUACUUACUUUGAAUUUGUACUGAAAGCAAACUAUGAGCUUUAUGUCUACAGGCAGGCAUGAGAGAAUUUUGAAUGCAAAUUUAAACAAUUCCCCCCCUUUUUUUAACAUUGUAUAUUAGUUUUGCAAUAAACUACCCAAAAUCCUGUCUGUCUCUAAUGUGAAAAAGAAAUGUGUGAGUUCGUCUUUCUAUAGAAAGGUAGAUGUCAUGCCUAUUUUACAAAGAAAAAAGUUCCAAAGCUUAUGAAAAUUGUUUUAUACUACUCCUGUUAAUUUUGAAAUAUAUUAGAACAGAUGUCUUUUCCAACUUUCACAAUCUUGCUUUUGACUUCUGCUGCUCUUCCAUAUUUGAAUGAAUAUAAUCAGUAAUGCAGUUUUGCAUCCUAUCUUUAAAUAAUACUGUACUUCUAUUCAUGUUAAAAACACAAUACAUAUCCAAAAUUUAUAUAUGUAAAUAAUUAGACAUUUAGGUUCUCACCAGAUACACAGAUAGUGGUUUACUACAACCUAAGUAAUGAUGACAGAUCUAGAAAGCAAUUCUCCUUGGAGAGUCUCUCCUGGAAGAUUCUCUUCUCCUCUUCACUACUUGAGGUCAGGUUGCUUCUGGUUAAUGGUUUGCUGUACAAUCCAGUUUUAAAUUCUAAUGCUUAAAUAGUUUGUAGAAUUCAUCUUAGUUGGUUUACUCUGACAUGUUAUAGAUGAAUCUUUCCUACAUACUGCACAAACUGACUGCAAAGCAGCUUGCAUCACCUUAGCAUUUUGCUUUUUGCCUUGGCUGGAUGCCUGCUAGAAGAACUUGAUCCAACAGCUGAGAAGGUCGUAAGUUAAAUCAGUUGAAGAGAGUCCAGUUUCUAGUUUUAAAAGCACAGCUUCCAUUCCAUAGCUUCCCCUCUUGCUAUGCUAAUAUGGCUCUAAGAGUGGAAGAGCUGGAUAUGUUUGGAAGAAUAGUCUUAACUGGAAAUGUUUAAACCAACAUAGAAAAAAAGCACAUCAGUCCUAAUGGAAAUAGAUUCUAAGCAAUACGUAUAAAACAGAGGUUUAGUCUACUAGAUAGUUCUGAUAAAACAAAAAUAGCAAGGAUUUUAAGAUUCAUAAAAUAGUGGGGGGGGGAUUGGAACUGAUAAACUGAUCCUUUCUUUUAAAAGGGAGGAAGAAGUGUUUCAUAUUAACAUCAUCAGCUUCCUUUCAUUAAGUAUUGUUUGUCUUUUAUAUUUACUGUGUUUCCAAUAUUGUGGACUGGAGGUGCCACUGGAAUCUUGUCAGGUUUGCUUUUCUGUAUUUAACACUGAAAAAGUAGUACACAUCUCCCAAUACACUAGAAAUUAUGUACUGCUAUUUAUGAUUUCCAUAAAACUAACUGGUGUUUCUUUAUAUCCUUACUUACUUGGGACUAUAUAUUGGUCAGAACAGACUAUAAAUUGCUGGUCACGACUAUUUUCAUAAGAGAUGGCAUAGCCCUAUUCUAUCCUGUCCAGAAGUAACUUGAAAAGAACUUAUAGACUCAAUAGGGCUUACUCCCAAAUAAUGUCCAUAGGAUUACAGCAUAAAAAUAUGAAAACUAAGGUUAUUCUGACUUAUUUCGCAGCCACUAAAAUAUAUCAUUUCAGCUAUUUCUCUACUUCAGUCUGCUUCAGUUUUAAAAUUGCUGAUGUUGGAAAGUAAGUGAUCACCAAUACAAAAUUAAAAGGUUAAGACAACUAUGUUUUACAUCCAGCGCAUACAAGCGCAGCUAAAUCUUAUUUUCUUAUAUUACAGUACAUCUAUAUGUUUACAUUUGCAUUUAUAUUGGAACUGUACACUGAAUUAUUUAGUUCAAACUGAGUUUACCUGUGUUCUAGAUUUAAAAACAACAGUUUCUUCUUUGAUUUUGACACCAGAUGACAUUCGCCUUGAACCUGGUUUUACAAUCUUAAAAGAUGAGCAACUAGUAACAUGCUGAUCACUUCUGGAGUAAGGAAGAAAAUUUAUUUUUACAGCAUUUUCUAAACAGCUGAAAUCUACUAAAAUGUUGAUUUUAGCUGAUUUAACUGUAAAAUAUAUACAUUGAUAUUUUGUUUUUGUUUUUUAAGAAUGUUGCAGCUUCCUAGUGAUCCUUCUGUGACUGUAACAUGAUUUAAAUAGGCAGGGGUGUAAAGUUGUUACUAAUAUCAAGACAGGCUUGAGAAACUACAGCAAUUUCUCCUAUGGAGAUCGGCUUUACUCUUGCCCAUCUCUCAUUGCUGGAAUUUGACCUGACUUGUCUCUGUUGUGGCUGAGUACUAGCAAAAUAUUGGUUUAGUCCUUCAUGCCUGUCUUCCUGCAUCACAGUCCUUGAGAAAUGUUUAUAGUGACUUCAGAAAUGUAUAUAGUUAUGGUUUUUUUUUUAAAAAAAAUACAUUUUAUAUUAUACAUUGUUGCCUUGGACAUUUAUUAAAGGAAAUAGGAAUUUUA